AUGCAAAGGCAGCCUUGCCCCGAAGUCAGUGCUCCCAAGGAUCCAGCAGCGCUCUUGAUCGAUGGCAAUCUGGGCGCUCGUAAAAUCCCACCUAUUGGUGGUCCAGCCCGCCCAAGUUCCACCUGCACUGCACUCGCUGUCUGGGCGACUGCUUGCUUUGCUUUGCUUCACCCAGAGCCCUAUGGUACUGAAGCGCCGGGAAUGGCGCAACAAACGGCGGCGGGCCCAACAGAUGGCAUCCGCUGGCCGAGCAGCCCAACAUGGACAUUUGGCCCGGCCUUGGAAGGGGGGAAUAGAGGCAAAGCGAUAAAGGCGUGA